AUGUUAGUCCUCACCUCUCACUCCUACUUUGACUCCCAGGUUCUGAUAGUUAGGCCAUUUGCUUAUCUCACACGCGGCUUGGUAAACCUGACCUGGAAUAUGAACAUGCCGAGCAGAAGCAAGACUCCUCACUCCGCGAUGCCUGGAAACAAAUCAAAUACCAAGAUCCCCGAAAGAACCACCCUACUGCGAGACCUGGCCAAGGCCAUGGGAAAGGAAAAGAUCUCGACGUCACUCUGGGCCAGCCUUCAGGUCUGCGAUCUCUCAAAACUGGACUCCCUCAUCGAACUCGUCUGCAUCUCGCCAAAAACCACCAUUGAUUUCCUCAAUACGUGCCCCGACCUCCCGAAAAAAUGGCUCGAGGAUCGAUCUGUUCUUCAAAGUAUCGCCUCCGGUGCCUCCAGUGCAUCCCGCGACAGCCUCUCCAAAUGCAUGCGGAUCGUAGCCCGAAACCGAGACGGCCAUCGCUGCGUCCUGACCGGGACCGGGAAGGUCUAUCAGCCUGUUUGGAUAUUUCCAGAUAUACUCGCACGGCCGGCUUUCGAUUUUGAUGUUCAAUCAUUGGGACUAUGGCGAUUCAUCGACUUAUUCUGGGAGCCUGCUAGAGUGCAGCGAUGGCGUAACGCCGUCUUUCACAAUCCCGACAACGCACUGAAUGCCACGAGUGGAUGCUCGAGCCUGAUAUGCUUGCGAAGCGACCUUGCUUACGCCUUUUCCGUUGGGAUGUUCGCCCUACGUCCUGUCCGACUGUCCAAUGACAGACGCGAGCUAGAGGUGGAAUUCCACUGGCUGCCACGGGAGAAACACCGAUUCAAAGACGCAGUGGAUAUUCGCAAGCAACCCCUUCCCUAUGAGAGUCUGGAUAGUGUGGAGGGGCUAAGGUUCUGUGCGAUGGGUUCGAAUGAGCCGGUCAAAUCGGGUCAUCGCUUCACACUCACAACGGAUGAUCCUGUGAAGCGGCCACUGCCGGAUUUUGACCUGCUGGAUAUGGCUUGGUACCUUUUGCGGAUUGUGGCCAUGUCAUCCGCGAUUGAAUUAGUAUGUUAUGAGCCGGGCCUCGAGUUGAAAGUCCAAAGUGAUGAUGACAAGACCGUGAGGGAUGCUUCCCCGUCACGACGAACGUUGUCGACUUUUGAUACCAACCUGCGAGUUGCGGAGUGGUUAGCAAGUGGCAGUGGGGGUCGUUGA